AUGGUCGACACAUCCCAAGAAAGAAUCUACGACGAGAUCGAAAUCGAAGACAUGACCUACGAUCCCGCCACCCAACUCUACACCUAUCCAUGCCCCUGUGGCGAUCGCUUUGAAAUCAACAUUGAGGAUCUGAGGGAUGGCGAGGAGAUUGCUGUUUGUCCGAGUUGUUCGUUGAUGAUUCGGGUGAUUUAUGAGGUUGAAGAUUUGCCUGCUGCUGCUUGA